CUCUCUGUAAUUUCGUAAAAAUUCACGUUUCUAUUCUAUUAUUGAGCGAAAAAUAUGAUGAUCGUGAUAAAUCCAUCGGUGAAAACUGUUCUGAUGAACAAUGUUUUCAAAAGAAAUUUCUGCACUUUCGUGCGGGAGGUUGACGACCAAGUGUUGUCUCAUGCUCGUCCGUAUUCAGAAAUCCCGGGUCCGAAACCGAUUCCUUUUCUUGGGAAUACCUGGAGAUUUAUUCCAUAUAUAGGUGACUUCAACAUUCAGGAAAUCGCCAAAGUGUCGACACGUCUCUUCAAUGAUUACGGAGACAUUGUUAAGGUUGGGGGCUUAAUGGGCCGUCCAGACAUGGUGUUCCUGUACGAUGCCAAUGAGAUAGAACGAAUUUUCAAGCAGGAGGAAAAAAUGCCCUAUCGUCCCUCGAUGUCCUCUCUCAAUUAUUACAAGCACGUCUUGAGGAAAGACUUCUUCACGGAAUAUUACUCGGGAGUCAUUGCUUCCCACGGUGAAAGUUGGUACAAAUUUCGGAGUAAAGUACAGCAAGUGAUGCUCCAACCUCGAAUAGCAAACAUGUACGUUGGUGCCAUUGAAGAAGCAAGCAUUGCGUUCAUCAAAAGGAUCAUGAAGAUUAAGGAUAAAAGAAACGAGGUUCCCGAAGACUUUGUCAAUGAAAUCAACAAAUGGGCUCUUGAGUCUAUUGCGCAAGUCGCACUGGACCUCAGGCUCGGUUGCAUGGACGAAAGCGCUAAUUUUGAAACUCAACAGCUGAUAAAUGCCAUUCACACUGUUUUUACCAAUGUGGGAAUUUUGGAAUUGAAAAUUCCGUUUUGGAAAGUUUUUAAGACACCCACUUGGAACUCUUGGGUCGAGGCCUUGGACACUAUAUUCAACUUUUCAACGAAAUACACAAAACUAGCUCUCGACAAAUCCAAAAAUUAUAAGAAAGGACCUGAAGAGUUGUCACUUUUGGAACGAGUUUUAGAAAUUGACGGUGACAACGGGCAUAAGUUAGCGGCGGUUCUCGCAUUGGAUCUUUUCCUAGUUGGCGUUGACACUACUGCCACGGCUGUGGGAUCAGUGCUGUAUCAGUUAGCUCGACAUCCCGAUCAACAGGCGAUUCUGUAUGAUGAGGUGGUGCGUAUUCUGCCAGAAGGGGAUAUGCAAAUUAAUCGCAAACACCUGGAGGAUUUGAAGUACGUGAAGGCAUGCAUAAGAGAAACAUUAAGAAUGUACCCCGUAGUAAUUGGCAAUGGUCGCUGCAUGUCGAAAGACACAAUCAUAAAAGGCUACCACAUUCCUAAAGGCGUGCAAGUUGUAUUCCAACACUACGUAAUCAGCAAUCAAGAUAAAUACUUUCCGCGUAGCAAUGAAUUCCUUCCAGAACGAUGGCUCCGCGAAAGUGAGUCGCGACAUGCAUUUGCUUCGCUACCAUUUGGAUAUGGAAGACGAAUGUGUCUUGGAAGACGUUUUGCUGAUCUUGAAUUGGUCAUGGUCAUAAGUAAGCUUCUGCAGAGAUUUAAACUGGAAUAUCAUCAUGAUGAAUUGGAUUAUCAUAUUAAUCCACUUUACACACCGAAGGGUCCGUUGAAAAUCAGAUUCAUAGAGAGGUGAGGAACUACAAAUACAGGAAAAGAAAGUAUUCUAGAGUUUAUGAUUCAUAAAAAAACAUUGUUGAAUUUUUUAAAAUUGUACACCGAUUUUAGAAUAAAUAUUUGUUACAAUUUUA